CAGGCUGCCUAUAAAAGACAGGAGAGAUCUGUCAGCUCCUAGAAAGAGACAAGCAGUCCUGAGAAACCAUCUCAGCUACAUCCACACUCCACUCCCCUGUGGGGCCAGCAUCAUGAAGGCCCUGGAAGUGUCCCUCUUUGUCCUCUGCACCACCACCUUUUGCUCUUGUAUAAAAGACAAGAUUUACACCCCAUCCACCUGCUGCUGUUCCUAUGUCUCCCAGCUAGUACCGUCCAAUCGUGUGGUUUUCUAUUAUAAGACCAACAGUGCCUGCCCCACAAAGGGUAUCGUCUUUCUCACCCAAAGGGGCCAUCAUGCCUGUGCCAAUCCCAGUGAUGCCUGGGUCUGGCAACAUAACCAAGACCUUGGCACGAAUCCUUGAAUGGUCCUGCAGGAAUCAGAGAUGUGGAUAGAUGGGGAACCAAGGAAGUUCCCAGAAGCCUUCUCCUUCUCCUUUAUGAAUCCCUCCCCUCCAUUAAUCACACUCUGAAAUCUUAACUCAACUUAGUUAAGCAACUUAAAUAUCGCAAAUCAUUUUGUCUACUUGAUGCUUUUGCUGAGAAGUCAUAGAAAACUCACUUAUUCCUAGCACCACUCCCAGUCAGUAGUUGGCUUGUAUUUAGAAUAAUAGUGAAUGAUGUGUUCUUCUCUCUAAGUAGUCACUGAACCAAAAAUAUCAACAGAUAUUCACUGUUUUAUAAGCUCUUCACUGUAUUAAAUAUGUGUGCAUAAAUAAAAGUUCUUUU